AUGUCGUCACCACCACCGUAUCAGACCCCAACCAACCCGCUCAAACGACCCUCCAUCACCUCCUCAGCCUCACAACCACUCGGCAAGAAACCUCGUAUGCACCCUCUCAGACAAACCUCAUUUCCGACUGGUCUCGAUACAGCAGAGCGCAGCUUCGGUGCGGCCAGCGAUGCCGGAAGCGUGACGGGCAGUUUCACUGGAAGUAUUGGCGGCGCAAGUGCGGACGGCGUCUUCGCUGGCGCAGCUCGCGGAAAGAAGCGCGGAAGAAAGAGCAAAGCUGAGAAGGAGCGCGAGCGUGAGCGGGAAGAUGCGAUGAGCUCGCGCGCUGGAGAUGCGCGGCUUGGAUCUGUCGAUGCCGAAGGCUCGGUGCGAGGGGGUAUGGGCGGAGGUGCUGGAGGAGGUGGUGAUGAUGCCGAGGAUGAUGAUGACGAUGAUGAGGGAGAGCUUUUGGGUCGAGAGGAGGGAACUACGGAUACAGAAGCUGAGAAAAAGAAUUUGGCGAUCCUGGUCGAUGCUUUUAACCCUCAGCAAUCCGAGCGAUAUGAUCUUUUCAAGCGGGCGAAGCUUCGCAAGGAAUCCCUCCGCCGUAUUGUCAACCAUGCGCUCUCACAAUCUGUCCCGGCCAGUGUGGUUACUACAGUCAACGGUUUCACGAAGGUGUUCGCGGGUGAGAUGAUCGAGAAGGCACGAACAGUUCAGGCCGAAUGGGCCGAUGCUUUCGACCUAGCGGCACGAACAGCAUUUGAUGCUGAAGAAGCUGCCGCGGAGAAAGCAGCUCAGGCCAGAGCUCAAGCCGCGGCCACGCAGUCAAAGACUGCACCUCCUACUCCUUCAGGCACCCCCGUCCCAGGGCCCAAUUCAGGAACCCUCAGCAAUGGCAUCAAGAAAGAGCCAACGGAGACAGACCAGAUUAGACCGUCUUCUGUCCCAGCAAAUCACCUCAACUCGACCCCCUCUACUCCUGCCCCUCAUAUGUCCCCAUCUCUAUCUUUACAACAAGUCGGCAAGCCAUCAGCAUCAAGUCCUGCGCUUCUACGCCCCCGACGGGAGUUCCGUCCACCACCCAACCCGCAUCGCGGCCAGCUUCUACCAUCACACCUGCGUGAAGCGCUUCGUCGAUACAAGCGUGAUGGCGAGGGUGGCGGUGUCGGUUUUUCGGGAUUGAGCAUGGACAAUCUCGGAGUCAAGGGUUCAGUUACGUGGGGCUCUGGCAGCGUGGGAGGCCGACGAUUAUUCCGCUAA